AUGACGCCGCCGUCGCUCGAGCCACCCGACUCCUCCGAGCUCUCAUGCAAGGUCUCCUCCUCCGCUUCCCAGCCGACGACGUCGGACUCCUCGCGGGUGGGGUCGGCGCUCCCUCCCAGUUCCAGCACCUUGGUGUCCGCGGCCACCGACUCCGCCACCUUCACCUCGGUAGAGUCUGCGCCCCAAGCCGAUCUGCGCAAGCGCGGUGUACCUCUCCGCCGACGCGCGCCCGAGUCCUGCGCCACGCUCUCGACCUGCUCGGCGAUAUCCCCCUUCAGCUCCGUCUGCAGCUCCCCAGGCUCCGCGCUCUGGCCGCCCUUGCCGCCCUUCCUGCGUUACGCUGUCUGCUCGGACACUAACCCUUCGAGCUUGGCCACCUCCACCCGCACGAGCCCGCCCGCCGACGCCGCCGCCCCAAAGAUGCCCCUGAUCGCGUCGGUGGCCUCCGUCGUCGUCGUCGUCGCCGCCCUCGUCCGCCAGCACUCCAAACUUACCCAAAACGGCCUCCUUCCCCUUCUUGUCCAGCGCCCGCGCACGGGGAUCUCUGAGGGCAGGCCGCCCGCGCCGGGGCGGCGCCUCGCGACGCGCCAUUUGCCACUCGUGGCCAAUGCCCUCGACCUCCGUCUGCACGCUUUGCACGCCCUCGGUCCACACCCCCAGGGCCAGCUCGGCCGCGGCUGCAGGGGCAGCCUCCUCGGCUGCAGGUAG